UGGCAACCUUAGAAUUAAAUAUUAGUUUGUUUUCCCCCUCUUUUUUCAACAAAUAAGUUAAGCUAACGGUAACUAGAUAUUGUGGUAGCCUGGCACCAUUUAACAGACAAUCUAAAUAUGCAAAAGCCUAUUUUUUCCACUUCUCACCCAACAUCCAAACAUAAUAUGAUGUUGGUUGAUCAAAAUCACUCGGAUGGCUUCCCCCACCCUUCUCUAUCCUCCUCCUCUCUUCGCGACGUCGACUACAGCUGUGGUUCUUGUGGGUAUAAGCUCAACCUUAAUUCAUGCAAUAGGAAUACAUCUGGUUCCAAGGACUACGGAAAAUCUAUCAAAAAGGGCAUCAUUUCUUUCUUCUCCAUCGAUGAGACACGAUUUAGUCGAACCGAGCAGCUGAGGUGCAAGCCUUUCUUCGAUUCAGCUCGUUCAUGGGGUUUGUUCCAGAGAAGAACCAGGCUUUAUUGCAGGAAAUGUGGUAAAUAUGUUGGAAAUGCUCAUAAAUUUACCACGUAUCAGUCUCUGAAACACAAAGACACAUCCCCUGAUUCCACUACUUCUUGGGGAUGGGAUGGGAUUUCUGAUGCCAUCACCUAUGACAUCCGGAUUCGCGCUCUGCAGCCUUCUUCUUGUGAUGAAUCAAAUAUUUUCACAAACAUGAUAUGAAUUAUUAUCUAUGAAAUUUCAAUAAAUUUAUAUUGGUUUUGCAAA